UCGAAUUGUAUUCCACCAACGGAAUUGUUUUGGAUUCGAAUGUUUUCGAACGAAUAAUGAGAAAAAAUGAAUUCGUUAAGCGUUUUUCUUGUAGUUUUGUUUGUUUUUCACGAUUUGACCAUGUUCAUUUUUACUAAUAAGACUUCCUACCCUUAUAAAAUUGACAAUAAAGUCGUUUUCAAUUUCGACUUUUAUCACGGGGAACUUAAAACAGGAAGAAAAGUUUAUGGAAUUAAUUUCGUCGCCUAUGGGAGAGACUUUGAAUUUCGUCUGAUAGAACAAGAAUCCGUCUUGUAUUCGGCUACAAAAGUUGUUAUUCAUAAAGGUAACGCAUUACAGAAAAUGUAUCUACGAAACAUAGGCGCAUCCCCCGUCAUGAGAGGAAAAUUAAUACAUCAGAACAUUUGGAACGUCAUCGGUUAUGUUUACGAAAAGGAAUUAUUUCUAAUAUUUCAGGAAGGUCCCCAUUUAUAUAUGGUAGAACCACCUCGCUUGCACGUGAAAGAUCAUCAAAUUCAAACCGGAGUCAUUUAUAGAAUGAGAGAUGUGACAAUAAAACCGACUUAUGACGAUGGCAAAGCUGUCUGCGAAGUGAUGAGGGAUGAUGGUUUUCUUAGAUUUAACUAUCGCAGGAAAUCUGAUCGUUUGCAGUUUAGUAAACAAAUUCCAGUUACUGAAACAUUGAAAUCUCAUCAAACCAUGUGCUCUCUGGAAGUGUUAGUCGAUUACACUUAUUUCCAACAUAUGAGCUCGGAUCAUAAGCGUGUGGUUACUGAAGUUCUGUAUUAUAUUGGAAUUGCAGAUGAUAUAUUUCAAAAAAGCGACAUAAAUGAAGACAGAAUACCUGACGGAGUAGGAUUUAAUGUUGAAAAAAUAACGAUUUUCGAAAACAAAGAUGAUCUGGGAAAUCCUUUAUCAAUAGAAACAAAGGAUCACAACGUAUUUCUAGAUUCUUUAUCUCGAUAUCGCCAUCCUUACUGCAUGCUGAUAUGCUUUUGCCACAGAGAUUUUUGGAAACGAAACGAUUGCGUGACUGGAGACGCGAAGAAAAUUGGUGGAAUAUGUCACAAUGUGAACGCAGCUACGAAGAAAAUGAGUAACGUAGCUUUUGUGACCAGUCUAGAAAGAAACACGACGGUACCAAGAUUUAGAGUCACAUUAAAUCUAGUUCAUCAAUUGGGACACGCAUUCGGUUGCAAAGAUGAUGCAUUCAAAGACAAAGAAUGUAGUUCUAAUUACUGGAAUCCACAAAUGGGAAACUACAUCAUGUAUCCAAAAAUUCCCUACGGAAAGAAACCAAACAAUUGGAAAUUUUCACCAUGCUGCUUAAGAUCUAUGAAUAGACGCCUUAAAGACAAAAAUAUCUGUUUGAAAAAAGCCAAUCUUCCAUCCUGCGGCAACGGAAUUGUGGAAGAAGGAGAAGCGUGCGACUGCGAUCCAUCAGUGGACGAUUGCAAAGAAAUUGAGAAGUGUUGUAUUCUUAAAAGUUCAUCAAUAAAAUGCUCUCUUCAAUACCAUAAAAUGUGUUCGCCCGGUAAAGGAAUGUGUUGCGACCAAUCUUGUUCUUUUGUACAAAGUAUGGCAAACAAGAGUUGCUACAGCAACGAAAUUUGUUUUAAUGGUACUUCGGUAUGCGAUGGAUUAUCACCUUUUUGUCCCGGGAAAGUCGAACCCGAUGGAACAUCCUGUUUUAAUAACGCUGGAACUUGUGUUAAAGGCGAAUGUAGAGGCAGUAUCUGCGAUAAUCAUGGCUUUAAACUUUGUGAAUGCGCUACGCGUCACAAAGAAUGUCAUAUAUGUUGCAAAAACGGAUCGGAUGUUUGCAGAACAGCAAAAGAUCAUAAACUUUAUCGGGUAGACGGCAGUUUGUUUGUAAAACCGGCCGGAACUGACUGCGAUAACCAUUACGGGACUUGUCUGAGUAACGGAACUUGUGUGAAGAAAAAAUUCUUAACUAAGGUAUAUGGAUGGAAAGAGAUAGUAAUUCCGCCUUUUGCUAUACUUAUAAUACUCGCAUGUGGUUACCUUUACUUCGUAAAUAAGAAUAAAGAUAAUGUAACGCCAAUAUUCAGACAAAGACAAAAAGCAAAAAGAAAACCCGAAGAAAAAAAUACUAAAUCAAGAAGAAAACGUGUUAAGAAAAAAAAAGUCAUAGUAAAGAAAGGUGCAUCAAAGGAAGUGAAACAUUCUAGCGAUGUGGAAUAAAGUAAAUAAUACGAACACAGUUCUGUUCUAUAACGAAAAUUAUUUAAAAUUUAUUUAAAGUUUUUACAAAAUAUUCACAUAAAGCAGUUACAAAUAUCCCUUUUCUAAAUAAAAUAUAUUUCAUAAAAGUUUACAUUAAAA